AUGUCCCGUUCUGCACAUUCUAAGAACCGGCCAGAAAAGUCGCGUACUCCGUCAUCUCCUACCCCUCAUGCAGCGGCCAUUGCCGCCCCACCACCUGAUAUUGUCCCUGGACGCUUGACAGAACUUGACUGGGCCACCAUGGUAGCCAAAGAAGAGGGAGAAGAAGUGGUAUAUGCAGUUAUAGAAGAGCUGGUGAGCCGGGUGAUGGAGGAGAGCCUACAUCUUUAUGUAAAGAAAGAGCUAAUACCCUACACAGUGUCCAAAGUAUAUGGAACAAUGCUUCAAGUUGUCCAGUGGUGCUUCAUGGAGCCGGAUAAAGGAGAGGAGGUGGUGGACAACCCUACCUGGCAGGAAGAUGAAGAGCCAAAGCCAUGUCGCAUAGAUUCUUGGGCUAGUGGUGCAGUGCCCGUGGUUUACUCCCAUCAGAAACAGUGUCUUCAGGUAUUCUGUCUGUGGUGAAGAAGU